AAAUAAAACACACCGGAAAUUAAAUGUAAAACAGCACGGCGACAUUGACAUACAUACGGGCUAGUGAUGUCUACAUAGAAGCCGCAUCUUUAGAAAGGCCGAAAAUCCAGACCUAGUUGUGAAGUUUGGGGUUCUGGUUUUCAAACAUAUUAUCACUCCUCUGUGAAGAUUCUCCCGUCCUUCUAAAUUAAAAUGAGUUCAGCAGCAGCAACCAUGCCAAAAUGAUGCUACCAUCAACCCGCAAUAUCAGUAGGGACAUCGUGAAGCUGAAGUACAACUCCUGAAGAAUUGGACUUUAUCCCGGAGGGGGAGGACGCACACGGUUUUCUCCCGGUAGGAGCUCCAGCCGCGAACUCGAAGACGAGAAAAGUCCAUACAUCACUCAGCUCAACACGACCACCCAAGAACUUGUUCUCCAACUGGACCACAAGUUCCGCCUACACUUCUGCCAGCAGCACUGCGGAACAACAAGAGUGAGUCAACACAGAACAACUACAACCAGCGACCUUGAAAAAGAAAUAAUCAAACUCGAAGAUGUCGAAUCCUUUCACCCCUGCGCACAGCAACAUGGACGUGACUCCGGCCCAUAGCAUCAAUAUGGAUGUCACGCCGGCGCACAGCGCCCUCGCGGACGACGAACUCGAGUUCGUCGACGCCGACCGCAGCGAUGUGCACAUGGGGGACGAGGAAGAGUUGCAGUUCGUGGAUAAUCAGGAGGGCGAACAGGUACUAGAAGAAGAUCCUCAACAGGGCGCGGAGCAGCGACAGCACGAGAUGAAUUUGGUGCAAAACGGCGUGAUACCACCACCUUCGGGAGGUACUACUGGCGGAGAUGACGCGGUCCUCGCCGACGAGGUACUACACCCUGCCCGGUCGCGGUCUCACAGUCGCAAAAAGCGGGAGAAGAAGCGGCUGGAGAAGCAAAACCAGCUGGAUUUGCUCCUUCUGGAGCACGAAGCGCUGAGUUUAAUCGGCGGUAGCGACGCUGAGGGGCUCACGACUCUGGCGCACCGGGUGACAAACAAGAUCAGGUCUCUCGGGCAUCUCGUGCAGGACGAAAUCGAAAUCCUGGUGCCCAAGACCACACAAGAUAACGGGUACGGUGUUUAUGUUUUUUUGAUGAAGACGAUUCUCUGACUGACGAGAGGACAACAGCGCGCUAUGUAUUAUCCCUGCGACUUCAUCUCAUCUGGUCGUUUAUAUUUUUUCUUGCGCACCGGCACCGCAAACAAGAAGUACUAGAUGUAUCUCUCUAUUGAUUCCCAAUAUUCGAAACUGAAUUUUCCUUGCAUGAUCGCCAAAAGCAAAGUCUAAAAAUAACAACGCACAGCAAGCACCGGCGGAUGCUGUUCAAGAACGUGCCCGCUUCCCAGCACGCGCUCGCGCUCUCCGAGAUUUUGCCGCUGGUUUCCUACGCAUUGCAGAAGAAGCGGGAAGAUUCUGGGCGAGAGGAGUACGUGAGCAUAAAGAGCAACAACGCGCCAGCCACCAGCAGCACCAGCGCGGCAGCACCUGACACGACCGCAGCGGGAGGACCCGCCUCCAGUGCCGGCUCACUCCCGGGCGGCGGUGGUCUGAAAACGCCCGACAAUGGGAGCAUCGGCGGGGCGGGCGGUCUCAACUUUCAACAAGCAGGAGGAUCUAUUACAAUGAAAAAUGCCCCCACCCCCGAACUUGAAAGCAUUUGUAUUGCAAAUCUUUCCAAAUGAAACAUUCGCCCUCUUGCGUGUAUCAGCAUCACAGAGUUCCGAUCGUGAAUAGCAAAAAUGUGUAUUGCAAAAGAUCCCAGCAAGAGCGGUGCUUGUCAUGCAAGCGAUGCGAAACACGACUAGAAUCUGCAUCAGAAAGAUUCUUACUCCUUUCAUGCAUGACAAAAAGCUUUCAUUUGGAAACUUCGCAUCACAAAUUGUUGCAAUUUCAGGGGUGGGGGGUAUUUUUCACUGUGAUAGGAUCUUCGACAUCUUUGCUGGUAAACGAAACGUAUCAAAUGUAAAAAUGUCUGGGUCUGGAAGAAUGCGCGAUUUGUCAUGCAGCUUUUCCAUGACCCAUGAGGCCUGGAAUGCAGGACCUAGCAUGACAGAUUCUGCGCGAUCUCUCUCAUGCCUAUUCUGCAUGAGAAACUCCCUCCCGACUUGGUCAAAACUGGACGACUUUUGGUAAUUAUGCAACACAGAUUUUUGCAUGCUGCAGAUUUAGCAUGACAAGUUACAUCCUUCCAGACCCAGACAUUUUUACAUUUGAUAAAACGAGCACCUUUCCAAUUCCAGCGAGAGGAGGCACAGCGACUAACCACUCAAUAGGCUUCAACAGCAAUAUGCCCGGAAUAGAUGGUCAACAGCCACCGCUUGACCAGUCCGGCCUCCAGAGCAACCCACCAAUACAAGAGCAAAACGCGGGUGGCAGCUUCCGCGAUGUUGAUAAUAGGAUGUCAAUGGAAAGAAGUCGGGAGCGAAGCCGCAAUCGCCACAGCAUGCCCCGACGAGGCUCGGGCGGCGAUCUGCAGGAAGAUUCGCACUCUGGAGCGGGGGGCGGCGAGGGCAAACCGCUGAAGGGCGACGGAGAUAAACCUUACAUCGGGUAUAUUCGUAACUGUAGGAAAUAAAUUCUAGAGGAAAAUCAAAGUUGAAGAGUUACCCACCAACUACUCCAUUCAAAAAAAUCAAAGUCGAAAGUAAUUUUAGUAUACUUACGGAAUUUACUUGAACGAAAAAAAAUUGCAAUUGGAAUUCAAUAUCCUUGGCUCUUUUUCAACAUCACAGCAAUUGGGAGCGCGGUAGGACUUUCGGCCUAGAGAAGGGCGAAAUACAAAAAGUGUUGACGGUAACUGUCGACAAAAUAGGGCUGCUUAUCGGUCGAGGCGGGUCAAAAGUGAAAGAAAUACAGGAGUCAACAGGUACGGCAAAUACGGUCGUGAUGAUUUGAUUGUGAAAUUGUUGUGGACAAGAAGAAGAUAUUAUAGAAGAUUUUUUUCUUCAUACGUCAUAAAAAAUGCAAUCUCAAAAUUAUCCCAGGCGCCGAGGUCGUGAUCGAGCCGACGGACUACCGCACCGACCCCCCUUCCACGAAGGUGAGAGUGACCGGAGCCAUCGACAAAGUCGAGAAGGCGGUUGGCAUACUAGAAGAAAUUCUCGCCUGGGCAGCGGCACACCCCCGGGAGGAAGCCGGUAUUGAAAAACUGCUACUGUUUGAACGUGGUAGAAUAGUAGAUUUUUUGUCGCACAGUUCUGUCUCUGUGCCUUUAUUGCAGGAGCAACUUAGUAUCGAGAUCGACUCUGACACUGAGUUGUUGAUUACUUGCAAUUACGGCUGCAUAAAUCUACUUUGACCUGCUUCCACUGACCCAUAAUUUUUGCCAGGUAAAAAAAUGGAAGUGAAUUUACACCACGUGCCGAAGCUCCUGCGUUUAAGCGCAGUGGAAUACAACGAUCAGCACCCGCUGUACCACAUCGGCAAGAUCUCCUCGAGCAUGACCGGCGCCGAAAACUUGAAGGUGAUCGAGGAAGAAUCCGGCGCCGAGGUGGAAAUCGACCAGACCACUGGGAACUUGGGGUACUAUGUAUGAUGUUGACUACAGAUCAUGCAUAUAGUUGCACGUUUUGAAUUGCUACUGCAUGGCAAAGGCGAGAGGCUCGCGUCGCAGCAGCUUGCAUGAAGACCAUUAGAUGGACAAUCAGCAAACAGUGGCUUUUAUUUUUGUUUUCAAUUUUUCCACUAUGUUGCCAUCAGAUACUCUACUAUCCUGAUUCGCGGGGACGAAAAAUCAAUGGCGGUUGCGGUGGAUAUUAUCACGAAGGACUACGUGUUCAAGGGCGAAAAUUCCCACUUGUUUGUCGAGAUGAUGGCCGAGUGGAUGUGCCACCCGUCGGUGUGGCAGAAGCACAUGGCCGCCCGCGCCGCGGGCCUGUUUGUGCCGCCCCCGACGAUCCUUCCCGGCCCCGCGCCCUUCGAGGGGCUGACCAACCCAAACGACAAGAAGGGGAAGAAGGGGAAAUAUUACAAUGAAAAAUACCCCCACCCCCGAACUUGAAAGCAUUUGUAUUGCAAACCUUUCCAAAUGAAACAUUCGCCCUCUUGCAUGUAUCAGCAUCACAGAUUUCCGAUCGUGAAUAGCAAAAAUUUGUAUCGGAUAUUGAUAAAUAUUCUUGAACUUUCGGACUCCCGCGCCCCCUUUGAAUCUUCUCAAAAAAAACGAAGGGCGCGCCGGACAUUCUUCUCAAGAGAAAAAGAGCGGGCGCGAGAAAGUUGAGGAAUUAUUAGCACGACCCACAGCAUUUUUCGGAUUCAACAAGGGGCCCGGGGACGCACUCCCAUUUGUUUAGUAAUAUUUAUCGACAUCCGAUUGCAAAAGAUCCCAGCAAGAGCGGCGCUUGUCAUGCAAGCGAUGCGAAACACGACUAGAAUCUGCAUCAGAAAGAUUCAUACUCCUUUCAUGCAUGACAAAAAGUUUUCAUUUGGAAACUUCGCAUCACAAAUUUUGGCAACUUUGGGGGUGGGGGGUGCUUUUCAUUGUAAUAGGAAAAAGGGCAAGAAGGACGGGGACGCGAAGGGCAGGGGCAAGAAGGGGAAAGACAAGGACGGGAAUCCGAUCCCCCAUGACAAAAAUCCGUUCGGCGGCGACCCCAGCAAGGGCCCCCCCGGGGGGCCCCACCACCCCUUCGGCGCCGACCCGUUCGGUAAGGGGCCCCCGCCCCACCCGGGGAUGGGCGGCCCGCACCCCGGUAUGGGCUUUCCGAUGGACCCCCACUUGAUGCACAUGAAGGGCGCGGGCAUGCCGCCGCACUUGCUGCACGCCGGAUUUCCACCCGGAGCGCCGCCAGGAAUGGAUCCGAUGAUGAUGGGUAUUUUCGUUAUUUCUCAUUUUUUUCUUUUCAAUAGCACAGUGCUCCUGCAUGAAGAUCAAGAUGUCCGGAUGUUGGGAAGUUCCAUUCUUGCUCCGCACGCCCUGUCACAGGGCUUGUGGCACUACUGGUUGGUUCUUCCUCGCGACAACUGGAAAACACAAAUUCCUUCUACAAAUUCAGGCAAACCCGGCAUGGAUAAGGGCAAGGGUUUCGGCAUGCCCCCCUUCGGCGGGGAUUUCGGCUUCGGAAAGGACCCGUUUGGCAAGGGCAAGGACCUGUUUGGGAAGGGCAAGGACCCCUUCGGGAAGGGAAAGAAAUUCGGCGGCGACCCCUUCAAGGGGGGUAAGCCCGACCCCUUCAAAGGUGGCGACCCCUUCAAAGGCGGCGCCCCCUUCCCCGGCGGACCCCCUCCGCCGCACUUUCCUCCCGGCGGCAAAAUGGGUUUUGAGCAUGGCUCCCCAAACAGCAGCCGACCCGGCAUCGGCGAAGGCGGAACCCCUAUCGGUGGCGGCAUGCCACCACAGCAGUUUCCACCGCAAGGAGGAGGCCAGGCACCCAUGAUGAUCGGGUAGAAUCGUCCGACACCACUUGACCGACACCUCUCGACGACGACGACGAUGUCUACUUCAGGCUCUUCAUCUCGAUGCAGCUGUGAAGAUGAUAUCCGUACGACACAACGAAACGACAGCGGGUGCGUGGUCUUCAGGAGGAAAAAAAUGAAACGCACCUUGCUGCGACAAUCUGACGUCUUUAGAAGUCUCGUAUAGUACAUCAUGGCGAAUGAAUUCGAACGAUCCUGAGAAUAUUGAAGCUACGAAGGUACAAAUCCUAGCCGCGAAACAGUCGGCGGCAAGCGAGUAUCUAUUCUGGUAGCCGAAGCGCUACACGACCUGCGGGUAACUUGAUGAACGCAGCAAAGCUGUUGUUCCGGUUCCAUGCUUUAGCAACUAGGGAAGUAGUCGUGCAAGUCGAAGCCCUUUUUAGUGACAAU